CCCGCCGCGCGCCCCCGGCCCGGGCCCGGCGCCCAUGGCGCACUCGCCGGCCGCCGUGCCGCCGGGCGCGCCGGAGCAGGGCGGCCCCAUCCGCGUGGAGCACGACCGGCGGCGCCGCCAGUUCAGCGUCCGGCUCAACGGAUGUCACGACCGGGCGGUCCUGCUCUACGAGUACGUGGGCAAGCGGAUUGUGGACCUACAGCACACGGAGGUCCCCGACGCCUACCGUGGGCGGGGCAUCGCCAAGCACCUCGCUAAGGCUGCUCUGGACUUCGUGGUGGAGGAGGACCUGAGGGCCCACGUCACCUGCUGGUACAUCCAGAAGUUCGUCAAGGAGCACCCGCUGCCACAGUACCUGGAGCGCCUGCAGCCGUAGCCCUGGCCCCUCGGGGCGGAGCCCGCCCACUGCACCCUCCCUCCGGGCCUCACCCGGGCCUCCACGUGCUCUCAGGAACCCUGGUCCCCAUGGGGGACAGACUCAGAGUUAUUUUUGUAAGGACGCUCACCUGUGGCCCUGGGAGGCAGCUGGCUGAGGAUGGGCCGUGGUCCAGCUGCUGUGGCUCUGCAGACACCACGAGGGCCCGCGGUCAGAACCAGAAUGUGGACGGGUGUCCCUCUGGCCACUCGGGGUCCCGCCUGCUGCUCCCCGCUCUGUGAAGGACGGGGGGCUGAUGGGAGACCCCACCGACACACCCCGGCAAAGUCCUCUCCACAGAUGAGGAGCAAUAAGGAGCCCUGUGUGCCAGCUUCCAGGGACGUCGGGUCAGGUGUGGGUGCCGCCAUGCUGCCCCUGCUCUGACUGUGUGCCUGGUGCAGGAGUGGAGGCCACGGCCAGGGAGCCCUCCCUGGGGCCACCCAGGCUCAGCUGCACGCACACGCGCACAGGUCGAGAGGCUGAUGGGGUGGCUGGCGUCUCUCCCUACUUCUUGCAAAACGCCCCCCCCCCCCCCCCCGUCAGUUCUGCAGGAGGCAGCCCUCCCCUCCACAGCAGCCCUCCCCUUUCCAGCCCAAGCAUCUCAGGGAUCCCCGCCCCUCGCUGUGGGUGAGCUUUCUCAGAGAGGAUCCUUCAGAGCUGGGGUGGGAGGGAGAAAACUCCACAAACCAUCCUCACCACCCAAGAGGAAGAAACAGUUUGGAGGGAUUUCCUGUGCAGUCACCAGACGCCAGAGCGUCUUUCCCUUCCUGCGUCAGGAGGCCGGGGGCCCCUCCCAGACCAGCCUUCCUGGGAACAGCCUGGAGGUACCCCAGCACCCUUUGUUCUGUGGGGCCAGCCUUUCUGAGGCUUUGGGGGCUGGUUAGGGCUCAGGGUACCAACGUCCUGUGCUCUGCUCCCCACAAGGGCUGAAUCCACGCCUGCUCCUCUGUGGUGCUGCAGGGGAGCCCAGGAGUCCGGUCGCUCCAGGGCUGAGACGUGAGCUAACAGUGAAUUGCUGGGGUGACGUGGCACUUCCAGGCUUCUGGCUGGGUUGGGCUGGUGUCCCCAGUGAUGCCUUCCUUGCCUGACUUUGGCAGGCGCUAGCCUGUGUCCCCUUCCCACUCACCUGUCUGCUCCCAAUUUUGCACCAACCCCACCCCCACCCCCGCACUGCAGCGGCCCGGGGCCCCCAGACACUUGUGCACAAACACCUCCUCACCCGUCUGCAUGUGCCCAAAGGCCUGGAAGCCCCAGAGUCACCGCUCUCAGCAUCCCCCACCUCUCUCAGGUCCCAGCCCCCAGCCCCUCUUGGCCUCCAGGAAUUCCUGAGAGGGCCGAGGGCACCCCUCCCCUUCCCCUUCCCAUCGUGCUCCCAGCUCUGUUUGCAAAGGGCUUUUAGGGGAGUCAGGGAGGCCCCUGGGCCUCUCCUGUCCUGGCAGGGGGUGGGCUCGGCUGCUGGGGCACGAGGCUGGGGACGUCCCCUUCCCACUGCAGCGUAAGAAAAGAGUGGGUUGUAGGCCUGAGAGUGGACUGAUGGGCAGCCCAGGCUCUGGGCCACCGCCCACUCCAGCACUACCCCCUCCCCGUUCACACGUCCCUCCCCAAGUUCAAGCAGAGGGUCCGUUAUGAAAACUGCUCUCCAGGAAGCAGCUCAGCGAGCUGGUGCUGAUCCCUCAGCAGCCUUUGGGGCGAAGUGGCCAGGUUCCAGGAGGUGCUGUCUAUGGGAGGGUGUCCUGCGGCAGUGGUCCAGGGGACUCCAGGGCAAGCGGCGUGUGGAGAAGCAGAGGGCACCAGGGCACCCGGCCAUGUGCCAGCCCACACCUGUGUUCUCACAGCAGGUGACUCUGGGUGCCCGGCUGCCACACACACACAAAGCACUACUUGAACCAGGGGAUGUGUGGGAUUCUCCGGGGCCCCUGCAGCCCUGGACCCAGGGACGGCGUGUCCCCAGUUUCUUCAGGUGCGUCCCAGGCCUCCGUGCCCCAGCUGCCUUAAAGUGCCGCUGCUCCCACUACAGCCCUCAGCAGCAGCAGUGGCCAGCUCUGCCAGGUGCGUUGCAGACCUCUGCCCUGGAGUCAUCGUCCCUCGGCAAGUACACCUGACCCCGGUCCCACUGCAGCUGGCCGGCCCCUGGUGCUACCCCAACUGUCUGGCAUCCCAGCCCCAGCCCUUCCCAGGACGCUUGGGGAACCCUUGCUCAGGAGGCAGGUCACGUGGGCCAGUCUGUGUGCCACCGGCAGGGCAGGGGCUUGCUCAGAGACCCACCCGGGGCCCCGUGCUCUCCUGCCACAGCUGACUUUGUGGGUCUCCCUUUCUUGCCCAGUUGAGUCAGGUGGUCACUCAUGUGCCUUUCCCACUCAGGACCUGCUGCAGGUGGUGUCUGGGCCAGGACUGGUCUCCAGACGGAUUGCAUGACAUACAUUUCAAUAAAAGGUGUGACCCAGUGUGGCUCCAGGACUGCUUCUGGAAGGGCAGGGGCAAUUCCUCUGCCCCACCCCACCCCCCGGACAUUUGGGCUCCAUGGGUCGGGAAGCCCUCGGGUAUGAGGGAGGGGUGAGAGGGCAGACCUGGUAGGUGCUCUGCAUUCCCACAUCCUAACUGGCGGCAAGGGAAAUGAAGCUCUGAGAGGUGCAGGUGGUGUCAGGAUCUGGGGGCUUUGCCCGCCUGGACUGUGCCUCCUCCCAGGAACAGGCCCCUCUGAGGCCACAGCUGUGCCCCUGGCACUGGGCUCCCCUCGCUGGGAGCAGCUGGACAGGAUGACCAGGAAGAGGCCAUCACAUCACAGCAGCUGCUGCUCUUAGACGUGUCCCUCUCUGCCCAGGAAGCCUUGUCUUGGGGCUUCUGGUCCAGUGGGGGAACGGGCACACACAUAGGCCGCGCCAGCGUCACUCAGGACACACGAUGGAGAGCCUCCCACAUGGAGUCUGGAGCCCGAGGGACUCCUGGACAGGGCAUGUUCCUCCAGGUCUGCCUGGGGGGGUCCAACAUGCCCCAACAGAGAGGAAGGGGGCGCUGUGGUCGCUGGCCCUCCAUCAUGGCCAGCGAGGUGCCCACAGCAGCUCCGUGAGGCACUGGCCGUUAGGAACCAGAGGCUGGGAGAGGGGAUCACGAGGCUGCAGGAAAGCAAGGGGACCAGGACCCACGUCCAGCUCCUGUCCCUCCAUGGCAGAGACCUCACAGGGCAAUACCCAGGAACACUCCCAGCAACCGCCCUGCAGCAGCCUGGGGUCUAGAAGUAAACCCCGAGUGACCGUCCACCCUGCGCCGGAAUGAAACGCUGGGGCAGGGACAGGACACCCAGUAAAGGUCCCAUCAGCAGCACGGAGGGCAGGAGCUGGCAGCCGGGGCAGGAGUUGUGAGCACUGCGUGCCCCCCGCCCAGCCGGCCCUCCUCCUCCUUUGGCAUCCUUGCGGCCACCUCUCAGGAAGAGCCUGCACACCUGAGCUCUUUCCUGCCCACGUGGGUGUGACCAGGCUUUCCUCUAAGCAGCACCUCAGGGGCCCGUGUCCCCUCCAGCCUACAGAGUCGCUAUCCCCAAAGCCGACCACAUCCAGUUGUAGAGUGGGUGGGACGGAGCCUGGGGGCCCUCGUGUCCCUGGCACUGGUGCAGGGGAGGCUAGGGUCCGGCUCCAGGCAUGCAAACAAGGCACCUAUGUUCUGAGGCCUGAAUGGGAAGGGAGGAAAACGCACCUCCGCUUGGAUCUGGAUUUGGGGAGGGCUCUUUGCUCACAGCAUGGGGCAGGGUCCCCUCAAGGCAGCCUGGCUGGCAAGGUGAUCCUGGGAGGUGCAAAACCUGGAGUCAGAUGGCAGGACAGAACAGCAUGCACAGCAUGUGGUCUUUGGGUAAACGCAAGCAGGUUUUGUUUGUUUGUUUUAACUGAGGUACAGUUGAUGUACAAUACUAGAUAAGUUUCAGGUGUUCAGGAUAGUGAUUCAGCCGGCCUGCCCAACACCUCUGCAAACAAUGCCCUGUAUUAAAUCCCUUCUGUUUGAAAUACCUAGGGUGGAUUUCUUUUCCUAAUUAGACACUGACUAAUAUAGAUAAAACUACAUUCAUUUUACAGUUGAGAAAAGUGACAUUCAGAGAGAGGAAACAACUAACCAAAGGCAAACCCAGUACCUAUCCUCUGUCACCCUGGUCCCAUCACUGGGUCACAAUUCUGUCUCCAGCUCUUCCUUGCACACUCUUCAUCCAGGCCCCAUGCAGAUGCCACCUCUUGAAAAAGACCUCUAGCCACCUGUAAGCUCCAAGUCACCUACUCCAUUGCCCUGCUUAGUUUCUUGUUAGUAUUUAUCAUUCUCUGAAAACACUUAGGUACUUCGUCGUUUAUCCCACUGGACUGGAAACUCCUUGAGAACAGGAAGUGUUUGUUUUACUAAAUGCUGACUCUGGUGCCUAAGAGUACCUGGCACUGAGUGUGCACAUGGCAAUUAUCUGCUGUAAGGACGAAUGAAAAGGGUACCAAGGGAAGUGGCAGAGAUUUCUGAGCACCAGCUAGGACCCACCUUUCCUGCUGGCUGCCUCUUUGCCAGCAACCAAGGCUCUCUUGGGGGCCAUACGAAUUCCAAUGCCCACCAUUCAGGU